AUUUAUUGCAUUCCUGGGCUACCCUAGUGGGUAUCCCAGGUUAGGCCUCUCACCCCGCCGCCAGAGGUCGCGGGAACAACUACAUUGUCGUCAGUGUUAAACAUGGCUGCACCCGAUACAGACGUCUCAUUACAAAUUGAACCGAGUAAAACACCCGCUAAACUAGAAGAUUUAUCAAAAGAGGGCAAGACACCCCAGGAAGGAGAGCAGUCAUGGGAGGGAACUACUGAGGAACAACGGAAAGAGGAUGUCAAGAAGGCAUCUACACCAACAGAAGAGACACGCCCACCCUGGAAAGGGGUUCUUGUGGAGUGUGCUAAAUUAUGGACUUAUUUGUCAGGUGUUGCAACUUUUGAGAGGACAAAUAUGUUGAGGAAAGGGAGAGAAGUACACAAAAUAUAUGUUGAAGUCAUUAAAGGAAAGACUUUUUUAGAUGAUCAGUUUACGUUGACAGAAUUUGGCCGAAUGGUCUUACAGAAUGGCACCAUCAGAGCAGGACGUGCAAAAAAUGCCAAACAGAUUGUUGUUGCUAGGGAGACACUCUAUUGUAGUGGAUCUGGAGCCUGUAAAAGGGCCUGUGGUUACUAUGGAGAAUGUAUGCCAGGAUGUGACAAGACAAAAAUGAGAGGUCACAAGUGUAGCUACAGAGUCAAACUAACCAUGCGUCUUGGUUACGUCAAUCAUUGGUUCGUAGAAGUUCUCGGUUCACAUGACCAGUUCGCUGCUUCUAACUACAACCUAAGCCAAAGUAUCAUGAACUCUCCAUUAUCAAAGAGCAAUAGUCCGUCUUCACCAAACCAAAGAACUCCACCUAGUGGACGAAAGCCAGAAUCACCAUGCCAUUCACCAAAAAUGACUUCGUCACCAAAUAAGAACUUGCCAAAUAGUGAUGCUUUAAGUAACGGUGCUAUAAAUACAAUGCCAAUGAACUUGCCUACUCAUAAUUUGCCAAAUUCUCUUGCCCCACUCAUAAAUAACUUGCCAAAUUCAGUGUUAUCUAGUCAAAUGGGUUUGCCAUUAGGAUUCCAACAUGUGUUGCCAAUUGCCUCACAGUCUGCCAUAUUUCCUAGUCAGGGUAACCAUGGUAACUUGGCCAGUCUGUUUGCCGGUGCUUCUAGUCAGUAUUUUCCAAUAACACAGAACACAGACCAUUCUUCUCCACAAGAUGUUCCAUUACCUCUAGUCAAAGUGAAAAAAGAACCCAUGGAUGUGGAAAUUGAAAAAGCUGUUGCCAUGGAAAUUAAUGAAGCUUUAAAUAGAAAUGGGUUGGGUAUAUCAAGUCCACCACAGGAAAGAGCCAAAGCACGAAAGAGAUUUACACCAGUCCAAAGAGAAAAUAGAAUGUUUUCAAUAAACAGCAUGGCUACAGAUUCUGAUAGGAAUGGAACCCGACAUGAUCUUGAUUCGCACGUAAGAAAAGAAUUACGAGAAUUAGUAACUCGACGUGAACAUGAGCGUGGAGCAAUGGGGUCAACUGCUGAUUCUGUUUCUAACGAUUCGCCCAUUAAUUAUAGUAUAAAUGGUGAUAAAAAUUGUGAUGAUGCGUACACAUAUGUUUGGGAUGGAGAUACACGAUCUUCUGAGGUUAAUGAUGGGGAAGGCAAACCAAAGGACCUGAUAUCAAGAGUCCAGCAGUUAGAAUCUCAUGUCAAACAACUUAGGAAUGUCGUGUUGAAGAACCAAGGUGACACCAAACAUAGUCGAAAACAGAAACAAAAAGAAUUUGAUUUUAAAAAGUACAACACAAGACAUGUUGCCCUGAAGAUUUCCUAUCUAGGUUGGGACUAUCAUGGCUUUGCUGUUCAAGAAGACACAGAUAAAACCAUAGAACUAGCGUUGUUUGAUGCCCUUAUCAAAACAAAACUAAUAGAAUCAAGGGAAGUAUCAAAUUACCAUAGAUGCGGAAGAACAGAUAAAGGUGUCAGUGCGUUCAGUCAGGUGAUAUCAAUAGAUCUAAGGACCAAUUUAUUAGAGGGACCAGGAGUUAAAGUUAGAGAAGAUGGUACAGCUAAUGACCGACCAGGAGACAAAACCCUAGAGAUUAAAUAUGUCCACAUUCUCAAUAAAGUACUACCUCAAGAGAUCAGAGUGUUGGCCUGGACUCCAGUCAACAAAGACUUUAGUGCUAGAUUUGAUUGUAAAAAGAGAACUUAUAAAUAUUUUUUUCCAAAGGGCAACUUGAACCUGCAGAUAAUGUCUGAAGCAGCUGAUAAACUGGUUGGUGAACAUGACUUCAGGAAUUUUUGUAAGAUGGAUGUUGGUAAUGGGGUUGUGAAUUUUAUGAGAAGAAUUGUCAAAGCUGACAUUGCUGUCCUUGAUGAACGUGAUAGUGAGUACCAGAUGUGUGAGCUAACCAUUACAGGCUUAGCAUUCCUUUGGCACCAGAUCAGGUGUAUUGUCACAGUCCUGUUCCUGGUGGGACAGGGAAAUGAAAAACCACAGAUAAUAGAUGAAUUACUAGACAUAGAUAAACAUCCCAGGAAACCUCAGUACUCAAUGGCAUCAGAACUCCCGUUAAAUCUCUUUGAUUGUGAAUUCUCCGAUGAUAUUGAAUGGAUCUAUGAAGCUGAUUGGCAUGAAGAGAAUAUAAGACACCUACAACAAAUGUGGGCCCAGCAUGCUGUUAGAACUGCAAUGUUGAAAAGAAUGCUAGAAGCUAUGGACACUGCCAAAGUAGAAACAGAUAGUGAUAUUGCCCCUUGGGUUGACCUCAGUCCUCCACUGUAUUCCCAAUCUGAUUGGAUAGUACCAGGAAAGGUCAAAGUUUAUAAACCAUUAUUAGACAGACAGAAAUGUGAAAGUUUGGAAGACCGAAUAGAACAUUUUGCUAAGAGGCGGAAAAUUAUGUCUGCAACAGAAUCAUCAGCCGAGACUACAUGAUAGCAAAAAGAUAGUGUGGACCCACAUGCAUGUCUUACCAAAACAAGAUGGUUUCAUUUCACAAUGGAAAAUCAUCACUGAUUUGAGGCAUCAAAUUUGAAAAUAUCUGUCUCAAUUGUCAUGGAAAUAUAACGGAAAAAGACAAAACAAAAACUAAAUAAUAAAGAUAUGAAAUCAACAUUUCAUAUUUGUUUCAAAGGCAGCAAGAGUUAAAGAGAAGUCAUUUGACACCAAAGCAAUACAUGUAUUUGAUGUGUAAUACACAUAUUUGAUGGUUACACACCUGAGCAAUACACUUAUUUGAUGUGUUACUGUGUAAAUUGUUGACACCUAUUAUGCUAGUCAAUUUUAGCUGCGUUUUGGUGCAGAAUAUUAUUACAAGGGUGCUAGAGAUUACAUUUCUAUUUUUAACUUUAUUCCCUGUUUUGUUUACAAUAUUUUAAUUAAUGCUGCAUAAUUUUGUUGAGAGAAUAUUAAGUGCUAAUUUUUGAUGGAGCAAUAGUUUGUUUAUAUAUUUUGUAUAUAAUGUUAAAUGUGGGGAAAGGAAAUACUCAGCUUGUCCGUGUUCUGCUGUUGUAACCUAGAUGCAUUUUUAAGAUUAUUGAGUAGAUAACAAUUUUACCACAGUUGCCAAUCCUUAAAUAUACAUUUCCAGG